AUGGCUGCCAACGAGAUUUCCGAUCAACGCUUUGAGGAGAUUAUACAGGUUGUUGGUCGGCCUUCAGAUCGAUCUCCGGGCAACUAUAAUGAGAGGCUAGACAAAGAAACCAGCAAGGACAACAGCCUGAUUCCCUUCUUGAAAAGGGCAUCGGAUAUAGAUAUCGAAGCCCCGCUCCAGUCACCAACAGAAUGGCUUCAGAAGCUUGCUGCAGCAAAUUUCGCAGAUCCUGAAGAUAUCAACAACCUGAGUUAUGCCUUGACUUCAGAUAACGUGGAUGACUUCGAUCUAAUCGCUGCCAGCGAAUUUACCUUUACUGUCUCAGCAUUUCCUGGAGCUUUGAGCUUACACCCUAAGCCAACCAAAAAGCCCAUCGCUCACUCAGUCCUGGUAUCUCUCAGCAUUGAGCUCGCGUCUCAUAUCACUCCUCGCCUAGAGCACAGCCAAUCCCAACCCCUACCUUCUCUGGUGUUGCCCAUCGGACAACUGCAAAAGAAAUACAUCAACACGAGCGGCAUUCCUAAUUUGAUCGAUACGGAUUACAUCCUCGUUGUUGAUGCUGCUGAGACUUCACAUGCAGUUUGGCUAAUCUACGAUCGAUACCAACGAUAUGACUAUGAGUUCAAGGGUGUCACUGACCCGAAGAGAACUCCUUUGGUCUUUACGGGGUCAGAAAAGAACUUCGAUGCUGCUCAAAUUUUCCCAAGCAUUAAAGAUUGGAUCGAAGCAUAUGGGAAGGUCAGUGAGGCCGAAUUUCUGGAUUCGCUCAAGAAGACAGGGAUGGUAGGAGAAGUCAGGGUCAUGAACGCAACUGCGAAGGAUCUCACUGCUCUGGAGAACAAAUAG